GAUCAUUCCUGUGCGUGUUGUUCGGCGCUGUCAGACGCAGGACAGGGAGGGAGGGUCAACAUGGCGUCCGAGCAGGAGAGCUCAAAUGGUCCGGUGAAGAAGUCAAUGCGAGAGAAGGCCAUCGAGCGAAGGACUGUUAGUAAGGAACACAACAGUAACUUUAAGGCUGGAUAUGUGCCCAUCGAGGAGGAGAGACUGCACAAGACAGGGCUGAGGGGUCGAAAGGGCAACAUUGCCGUGUGCAUCAUAGUCUUGCUCUUCCUGCUUGCACUCAUCAACCUCAUUAUAACUCUGGUGAUCUGGACAGUUAUUCGGAUCGGUCCUAAUGGCUGCGACAGCAUGGAGUUCCACGAGAGCGGCUUGCUGCGCUUUAAGCAGAAAGCUGACAUGGGGGUGGUUCACCCACUGCACAAGAGCACUGUGGGAGGGAGGAAGGACCAGGACCUUGUCAUCACUGGCAACAACAACCCAGUGGUGUUUAAACAAGGGAACACCAGACUAAGUGUUGAGAAAGACAAGACGUCUAUCACCAGUGACCUGGGCAUUUCCUUCACUGACCCACGCACACAAACCACCUUCUUCAGCACAGACUUCGAUAACCACGAGUUCCACUUGCCCAAACAGGUCAAAGUGCUCAAUGUGAAGAAAGCCUCCACUGAAAGGAUCACUAGCAAUGCGUCGUCCGAUCUCACGAUCAAAGGUGACGGCAAGGCCAUCAUUCGUGGAAACGAGGGCGUCUUCAUCAUGGGCAAGACAGUUGAGUUCAGGAUGGGUGGUGACAUUGAGCUCAAAGCUGAGAACAGCAUUGUUCUGAAUGGCUCUGUGAUGUUUAGUACAUCGCGCAUCCCUAACACCUCUGUGGGGGGUGAGCUGUACUUCAACGAAGGCCUGGAGAGGUACAAGCUCUGUAUGUGUGCAGAUGGGACCCUGUUCAGAGUGCAGGUCAAAUAUCCCAACAUGGGCUGCCAGACUACGGACAACCCCUGUGCAGUGGCGCACUGAGAGGAGGGGAAUUCCACAAGACUUAUACACACACACCCACACACUAACACACCUGUCAGUGUUUUUGAGAAUUGAUAACAGCUCUGCAAGAUUAAGUUGUGUACUUCAACACAAAGUCUUGGUAAUCGUUAUAUAGAGAUUGGUCUAUAGCCAUAAUUACAUAAAACCUAAAUACACUCAUAUUCUGAUUUUGCUCUGUUUAAGUCUUGAUCAUACACACAUUCAUUUUUAGGAUUACUCAUUACUCUAAACCCCACCCUACACAAGCACUCCUCUUUUUAUCUCGUAACGAUUUGGCCAAAGAGCUGCCAGUGAUUUACAGUUGAUUCACCUUGGCAUUUUUAUAGUUUUUACAGCUGAAUGCUCUUUAGCUUUUCGUACAUGCAGUAUGUUGUUUAUGAAGGUUUGAUCAAGAUUUCUGGCGGAUGUUUUUCGUAAUAGCAGUAUUAUCUUUUUCUGAUUGUAACAAUUUAUGAAAUCCACAUUAUUUCUCUAGAACAUGGUGCAUCAUCAGACUAAUGAAAGUUCUUAUGGAAAAUCCAGGCAGCCUUGUGGGUCGUGAGGUACUACACAGGCUGUCUGAGAUAUUUAUGCCACUUAAUAUGUUUUAUAUAUUCCUAUACAGAUGUAUGUUGGCAGCUGUAUAUGGCUUAUUUGUCCAAGAUUCACUUUAAAACAAAUCUCAGUUCACUUCCUCAAGAAACUGAAAUGUAUUAGCAAUAUAUAUGAUAUAUGAGUCUUUGCUCUGUGUUAAAAGGGAUGACCUGUUCACCAUAUAGCUUAACCCUGUUCUCACAAGUCACUUAAUCUGCUUAACUGCUGUUAGCACCAGUCAUAGCACCAGUCAUAGUACAAUGGCACUACUAUUUGAUUUGCAUCCGAAAUGUUAUGUGCUCUAAGUGCCCAGUUAGGUUUACUUUAUUUAACAGUGCCAUAUGAUUUUAAAACCAUAACGUGUGCUGCAAAAAAAAUGGGCAUGGAUACACUUCAGCUUAAAGAUAAAAAUAUUUGUCAGUCAUAUAUGAACUUAUGUGUGCUUUAAAUAAUAUCCUUGAUAAGAUGAAAAUAGAAAACAUAUGGUAUUUGAGUUGUUUGAUAUUUUGUGCAAUAUAACACAUUAUUUUUGUUUGGAUCGUAGUUUUCAUGUGUAGUAUUUAUUUGAAUGAUGAUGUUUUCUUUUUAAGAAGUGUUCAGAUGAUGACCAUGCUGCAUUUUCACUAGUGGUCAUUAACUUGUGUAACAUGCAUACAUGCAGGUGCAGUGUAAAAGGGAAAUAAUUUUUCAUUAAAAUGUUUGCAUUGAAUAAAUACAUUUGAGUAUUUAAAAAAA